AUUAGUUUUAUCAAUAUGAAGUUCUCGGUGGGAGUUCUGUUGGCUCUAGUGGCGCUUGGAUCUGCCAGGCAUAUAACUCUUGAAGAUGUCAUAGAAUUUGAAAGCCAUCCAGCGUAUGGUUACAUUGAAAAGAUUGGCAAGCCACUCGCUGAUGAAGUUAGGAUAAAGGAAGAAGCUGCCUUGGAUGAUCCAUCUCGCAUUAUUGGAGGUUCCCAUGCAGUACUUGGACAGUUCCCUUACCAGGUUGGACUUCUAACGGAAUAUCCAUAUGGAGUUGCUGUAGGCAGUGCAGUACUUAUCUCUGCAACACGAGUGCUUACUGCCGCCCACAACAUAAACGAUGCUGUGCUACAUGUGACGAGAAUUAACGUUAUCUUGGGUUCUGUAACUAUAUUUACUGGAGGUACUCGACUGGUGAGCACAAGCUUCGUUUUGCACGAAAACUGGGCACCUCCAGUCAGGAAUGAUAUCGCUAUUAUCAAUUUGCCGAACGCCGUUGGCUUUACUAAUAUUCUCUCUCCUAUCGCUCUGCCCUCUGGUGCUCAACUCAAUGAAAACUUUGUCGGUGAUAUCGCUAUUGCAUCAGGUUACGGCCUGACCUCGGAUUUUGGAGGAAUGCCGUCUGACCAACGCUUGAGUUUUGUCCAUUUGCCUGUAAUUUCAAACAAUGAGUGUAUUCAAACCUUUGGACCAACCAUCUUGGAGUCCAAUCUUUGCACGAGUGGAGCUGGCAAAAGGGGCAUUUGCAUCGGAGACUCUGGAGGCCCUCUUGCUGUUACAAGAAACAACAGACUAGUUUUGAAGACAAGUGUUGAGUUUGUUGUAAACAGCACCAUGAAGUUCUUGGUAGUGACUGUGUUGGCUCUAGCAGUGGCCGCCUCCGCAAGGCACAUCACACUUGAAGAUGUCAUCGACUUAGAAAAGAACACGCCGUACGGUUACAUCACCGCCGUCGCCGUGCCAUUAGCUGACAAAGUCCUUAUUGCUGAGGAGGAAGGCGGACAGAAUCAGUCCAGAAUCCUCGGUGGCUCAUUUGCUGGUCUUGGACAAUUCCCGUAUCAGGCUGGACUUUUAGUCCACUUACCCAGUGGCAAUGGUGUCGCCAGUGCAGUUCUAAUAUCAAACACUAGGGUACUAACAGCUGCUCACAACUUACACGAUGGAGCAUCAAAUGUCCCAAGUGUCACCGUGGUCCUUGGAACCACCACACUAUUGGGAGAUGGCAUAACAUUUACAACCAACAACUUUAUUUUACAUGAAAACUAUAACCUUUUCCAAUUGAUAAAUGACAUUGCUAUCAUCAAUUCUCCGUUUACUAUUCAAAGUUCAGGUACUGUGGCUCCCAUCGCUCUUCCUUCUGGCUCUCAGCUUCAAGAGAACUUCGUUGGUGACAAUGCUGUAGUAUCAGGAUUUGGAAUGAAUCCUUCAAUUGGAGGUGUUAUCGCGAAUCAGCCGUUUAGCUACGUGAGCUUGCCAGUGAUCACAAACGAUGUCUGCGCCCAAGUUUUCGGUUCAGUUAUUCAACCUGCCAUCGUGUGCACGGGAAGUGUAGCCAAUAAAAAUGUUUGCUCUGGUGACUCAGGUGGUCCUCUCGCAGUUCAGAGGAAUGGUAAUCCUCUUUUGAUUGGUGUUGUAUCAUUCGGUGUACCAGGAUGUGCUGGUGGGAACCCAUCUGCUUACUCGAGAGUCACUCAAUACAUGAACUGGAUAAACGCACGAUUUCAACAAGGCUUAUCUCACGUUAAUGAACUGCUCGUAUAUAAACGCUUCCGUCUACCGAUAUGUAUUGAGUUUGUUGUAAACAGCACCAUGAAGUUCUUAGCAGUGACUGUGUUGGCUCUAGCAGUGGCCGCCUCCGCGAGGCACAUCACGCUUGAAGAUGUCAUCGAAUUGGAAAAAAACACUCCGUACGAUUACAUUAGGAGUAUCGCCAUACCGUUGGCUGACAAAGUCCGUAUAGCUGAACAGCAAGGCAGUCAGAACCCAUCCAGAAUUGUUGGUGGUUCAUUUGCUGCUCUUGGAGACUUGCCGUACCAGGCUGGACUACAAAUCAAUUUACCAGUAGGCAGCGGUGUUGCCAGUGCAGCUCUUAUCUCCCACAACAGAGUACUGACUGCUGCACACAACAUAAACGAUGGUGUAUCAAAUGUUCCGAGUGUAACUGUUGUCCUUGGAACUACCACUUUACUGGGUAGUGGUGUCAGACUGACGACUAGCGACUUUGUUAUACAUGAAAAUUUCAACCUUUUCCAAUUUAUAAGUGACAUUGCUAUCAUCAAUUUGCCGUCUUCAGUUCAAUUUUCAAAUGUCCUCGCUCCUAUCGCCCUGCCUUCCGGCUCUCAGCUUCAAGAGAACUUCGCUGGUGAAGUUGCCAUCGCCUCUGGUUUCGGCAUUAAUCCUAUACUCGGUGGUGCUGGUGUAAUCCCAAACCAACCUUUAAGCUACGUGGAUUUGCCUGUGAUCUCGAACAAUGAAUGCGCACAAGUUUACGGAGCCGUUGUUCGGCCUGGCGUCGUCUGCACUGGCAGUGCUGUUGGAAAAAAUAUCUGCACUGGUGAUUCUGGUGGUCCUCUUGCUGUGCAAAGAAAUGGCAACCCACUCUUGAUUGGUAUCGUUUCAUUUGGUGCAGUGGGAUGUUCUGGAGGCUCUCCUUCUGGAUACGCUAGAGUCACUAACUAUGUAAACUGGAUAAACCAAAGACUGUAAAAUAAAAUUAAAAUAAAA